AUGGGUAAAGAAAAGGCUCACGUUAACGUCGUCGUCAUCGGCCACGUCGAUUCCGGAAAGUCGACCACCACUGGCCAUCUGAUCUACAAGUGCGGUGGCAUUGACAAGCGAACGAUUGAAAAGUUCGAGAAGGAAGCUGCCGAGCUUGGAAAGGGCUCGUUCAAGUAUGCUUGGGUGCUCGACAAGCUCAAGGCCGAGCGUGAGCGUGGUAUCACCAUCGAUAUCGCUCUCUGGAAGUUCGAGACCCCCAAAUACAUGGUCACUGUCAUUGAUGCCCCCGGCCACCGUGACUUUAUCAAGAACAUGAUUACCGGUACCUCGCAGGCUGAUUGCGCUAUCCUCAUCAUCGCCGGUGGUACCGGUGAGUUCGAGGCUGGUAUCUCCAAGGAUGGCCAGACUCGUGAGCAUGCUUUGCUCGCCUUUACCCUCGGUGUCCGACAGCUCAUCGUCGCUGUCAACAAGAUGGACACCACCAACUGGUCUGAGGCCCGCUUCAACGAAAUCGUCAAGGAAACCUCCAACUUCAUCAAGAAGGUCGGAUACAACCCCAAGACGGUCGCCUUCGUCCCCAUCUCUGGCUGGCACGGUGACAACAUGCUCGAGCCCUCCACCAACAUGCCCUGGUACAAGGGAUGGUCGAAGGAGGUCAAGGGCUCGUCGAGUCCUGCCACCGGCAAGACCCUCGUCGACGCCAUCGACGCCAUCGAACCCCCAGUCCGCCCGUCCGACAAGCCCCUCCGUCUCCCACUCCAGGAUGUGUACAAGAUUGGUGGUAUUGGUACGGUCCCAGUCGGUCGUGUCGAAACUGGUAUCAUCAAGCCCGGCAUGGUCGUCUCCUUUGCUCCCUCGAACGUCACCACUGAAGUCAAGUCCGUCGAAAUGCACCACGAGCAGCUCGCUGAGGGCUUGCCCGGAGACAACGUCGGCUUCAACGUCAAGAACGUGUCGGUCAAGGAUAUCCGCCGUGGAAACGUCGCUUCGGACUCGAAGAACGACCCCGCCAAGGAGGCUGCAUCGUUCAACGCUCAGGUCAUCGUCUUGAACCACCCCGGUCAGAUUGGCGCUGGUUACGCCCCAGUCUUGGACUGCCACACCGCUCACAUUGCCUGCAAGUUCUCCGAGCUCAUCGAGAAGAUUGAUCGCCGAACUGGCAAGACCAUGGAAGCCGCCCCCAAGUUUGUCAAGUCUGGUGACGCUGCCAUUGUCAAGCUCGUCCCGAGCAAGCCAAUGUGUGUGGAGAGCUACAACGAGUACCCACCACUUGGUCGUUUCGCCGUCCGUGACAUGAGGCAGACUGUUGCCGUCGGUGUCAUCAAGUCGGUUGAGAAGACCGAGGGCAAGGGUGGCAAGGUUACGAAGAGCGCGGAAAAGGCUGCCAAGAAGAAGUAA